CAACCACAAAUCCCACAACCACCAGCCACAGCUACUUGCUUGCUUCGCUUCGUGUGUGUGGGGAUUGCACCAGGACCACCGUCGGAGGAUCUUUGUUGGCGCACUCGUCUUCCCCCAACGAGACUUGACACUCGGUGUCACGCAUCUCACACACAUCACAGCCACCCACAUUUUCCGCCAUUCCAGAAGAGUACCACCACACCACGUACAGCUCACAGGAUCCCCUUGGCUUCGAUCACAGCAGAAAUCACAGUAAUCGAUCGCAGCAAGCACAACAGCAUGUCGCACCACGGCCAUCACCAUGAAUCGCGGUUUGUGAGCGGGCUCAAGGCAGUCGGCUCCGCCGUUAAGCGCUCCCCACAGAUGGUCCGCAAGAAGCUCGGCCAGGCUGCAAGCAGCAUGCGCCACCGCCGUGUCGGCCGCAACAGCCACUACUCCGCCCUGGAGGACUGCGAAUCCAACGGCUGGCUGCACUCGGACGAGCAAGUCAUGAUUGGCGUUCCCUUUGAGAUCAAGUACCUGGGCUCGAUGGAAAUCGACUACGUGCCACACAACCCACAAGCCAACAACCAACUCGCUGCAAAAGUCAUGCACAAGAUCAAGAGCAUGAACCGCGAGGUGACGCACGUGACGCUGACCAUUGCAGCCGGCCGCAUCACGCUCCAGCGUGGCCACUCGGAGGUGCUGAUGCGCCACUCGACGUCGCGCAUCGCCUACUCGACGGUGGACACGACAGACCCAAAGCUCUUCUGCUACGUCGCCCUCCCGCGCUCCUCAAAGAUUGCCCUCUGCCACGUCUUUGCCACCAAGUCCGCAAAGAAGAGCUACGAAAUGACGUUCACGUGUGCGCACGCGUUCAACCUCAACUACCAGCGCUGGCAGAAGAGCAAGUCCAACGUUGAUCUCCUCGCAACCGCCUCAGAGUCUGGCGAUGUUGAGCCUGCGAAUCCGAUGAGGUCGCCUGAGGUGCGGCGGCGGCUGCUUGUGGUGCAGCAGCAGGCCCAAGACCGCGCACGCGCAUCCUCCCUCUCAAAGUCGGAGGCGGCCCGCGACUCCCCAAAGCCAACGCAGCAGCCAGCAAAGGAAGCGCAAGUGGAUGUGCAGGACGACAAAGGCGCCAACGACGACGAAGACGACGACGACCUCGGCUACAUCCAGAUUGAUGGGCUGGAGGUUGAGGACGAUGAUCAGAUUGAAAAGUCCGCAGAGCACUAUUUUGCCCAGCUUGCAGAAGCGCGGUCUGAGCCGUCGCUGCUUGACAUUGGUGUGGACCCGGAGCAGUACAACCGGGCAAAGGCGCUCGAGGACUCCUCCUCCGAUGAGGAAGACGAGCCAGACGAGUAGCCGCCACGCCGCCUGUACACAUGCACGCAAACAUGCACACUUGCUCACGUCGCUUCUUGCCCCUUUGCUGUGUUGCUGCGUGUUUGCUGUGCUUUUGGAUGAGCAAACUCGGCUUACUCCGUUGCUGCCCACACAUGCACACUCCUGCCCCUUGUUUCCUUGGACGCCUCUCGCUGCUGCCUGUUUCCUUACUCCCCAUUGUGUUUCUUGCCAUCUGCGUUUGGCUUCCCGCUUUUUUUUUCUUCUCACCACCCCUUUUGUCCCCCGCCUCUGUAUCCCCAAUGAAUAGAGAAAGGACCACUCUUUCC